AUGCAGAGCGCCCCGCUCGAUCUGUUCCCUUCGAACGAGAACGUGAGGGAACGCGCCGAUGAAGUCAGAAUUCGGAUCGACCGGCUGGCUGUGUUGGCAUCAAGGUUUGGGGAUCGCUCCAGUCGAAUUACUUGGGCUUGGCUGACAGUGCCGCGCCAUGGCUCGCUUACGUGGCUCGAUGCCGGCCUUCGCUUUUCCUGA